AUGAGCACCUACGCCCUGAGCGGACGCGAACGAGAGACGGCGCGCCUCGAGCGCUCGAUCGCCGAGCUGCGCCGCGUGGCUGCUCAGACGCACGAGCAGGACAAGACGACGGACCUCCUCUCGCGCCUCCGCCAAGCCCCGUCCGGCGACAGCACAUAUAUCCAGGAAGACGCGACAUCGCGAUGGAACGCGCAGGUCCAGCCGACAUCCGACAUUAGCCCAUGGCCGCCGGCGCUGCGGCCGCUGGCGUCGUCACCCGGCACCAAGUUUGGCCUCUUCAAGGCCCUCAAGCACGCAUGGCUCAUCGCUGGCCCGACCGUCUACCUCUGGGACUAUGCGUCGUCCAAGGCCACGAUCGUCACGUGCCCUGCGAUGCCCGAUCCCGUGCUCGCGUGCGGCAUCACGCAGCCGCUGAGCGGUACGCUCUUUAGCGACGUCGUCCAGCACCUUUUGGUCGUCGUCACCGAGAAGGAAGUCCGCGUCCUCGCGUUGGUCGCCGACAAGACCACCGGUAGCUUCAAGGUACAAGAUACGCUCAUGCAGGCGCCGCUUCCGUCGACGACGCUUCUAUCGUCGAUCGUCUGCACGCCGUCUCGACGCAUCUUGCUCGGCGGCGUCGACGGCGCGCUGUACGAAUAUCCGCCGACGACCGAGAAGGCGCGCUCGGUGCGCCUCGCGACGUCGCACUGGAACCAGUACCUUCCGCCGCUCGUGCGCGAUCUGCUCGCCCCCGCCCGGUCGGCGAUCACGCAGCUGCUCUACGACGACGCGCGCCACGUCAUCUACGCGCUGCACUCGUCCGGGCACGUCUCCGUCUAUGACGCACGGACCAAGAACAUUGCGUGCGUCACGUACACGAUCAUCGACGCGUCCAUUGUGUCGCUGAGUCUGGUCAAUGACGGCGACGCGUCGUCGGUCCAUGCGGUCGCCAUCACGUCCUCGGGUAUCCGGCUCUUCCUCUCGACGUCGCAUGCACCGAAUGGACCGCCGGAGACAUGCCGGGUUGUCUUUUCGCGGCCGCCGCCGCCAUGCGUCACGUCCGUGGACCGUGCGGUCUAUGCAUCGGGCGUCACCUUCUUUGGCUACAAGUCGACGCUCGUGUCGGCGGCCGCCGACGUGGGCCUCGCGACCUCGUACCGCGAGCUCGUCCGGUCGCACGCGCUCCUUGGCGGGCACAUGGUCGUCGAAGAAACGUCGGUUCUACUCGCGGCGCCGGCCGGCCUUCCGUCGCUCAAGCGCAGCGCGUCCGGCGCGUCACUGCCGUCGUCGCUGGACUUUUUACGCGCGAGUCGGCACGAACUCUCGACGCAGUUUACGUCGACGGCGCCGCGCACGUUUGUGUCGCUCUCGGAGGGCGGCGUGCAGUGCUGGCAGAAGCAGCGGCCGCUCGACCACCUCCGGCAUAUCCUCACGCACGCGCCCACUCCGCUCCAUCGGGCGUCGCCCAUGGUCGCGUCGUACGGGCCGCAUGCGAUCGCUGUGCACUCGGACCACUACAACGGCCUCGUGCGCGUCCUCGUCCGCUUUCUCAGCGGCAUCUGGCAUGCCGCGCUCGCCACGUCGACAAGCAAGGGAUCUGCCUCGGCGACGUUCCGUCCGGCCUUGUCGAAAGACGAGAUUGCGCGGCCACGCGAUGUGCUCUGUCGUCUCAAACAACUCUUGGAGCACGUGGCCGUGCCGUAUGCCGUCGCAGUGCAUGCCACGUCAUCGGAAAACAGCAGCAGCAGCAUGAUUGCGACCGAGCAGCGGGCUCUGCAAGACAUCCACGCACUUGUCGGGCGCUGCAUUGGCGCGUGCGAAGGCUUGCUCUUGGUCUACGCGCACCAGACUGUGUUCAGCCAUAUGGCCAAUGUGGCCUUCUACGACGUCGUGUGCAAUGAAAAUGGCGCGAGAGCGCUCCAAGCGAUGCUGCGCGACGUGGCGAAAGAGUCGCCGUCGGUCGUGCCGACAGCCCUUGCGCGCUGCGGAGCGUUCUUCACCUUGGAGGACGCCGGUGCUUUCCAGGGCACGGACGCGCUGGCGCGGGCCAAGGCCGCGGCAACGCCGUCUGCGCGGGACGCUGCGCUGCACGAAUCGCUCGCGAAGCUUGUGGCGGCGGCGCCCACGUGGCCGCCCACCACCGAGACCAUCGAGCACCUCGCUCGCAUCGGCAAGGACUAUGAGCUCUGCUCGUUCUGGAAGGGCCUCGUCAAUCUCGCAGUGGCGGUCGCCGCGCGCUGGCCGCUGCACUCGGCCGACCAGAAAGCGUGCUACAACGGCGUCCUGGAUGCCCUCGCGCACGUGGCUGAGCACAAUGACGUGGCGUCGGCACAGACGAUUGUCGGCCUCGUGGUCGCGACGACCGACGUGCACUUGCAACAAGUGGUGCUGCAAUGGGUCGUCUCGAAAGGGCACAAGACGUGGCUCCUCCACUGCCCAUUGACGCCGACGGUGCGAACGGUCUUGGCGGCUGACGUCGACUGGCUCGCAGCGCUGUGCUUGGAGCACCACGAAUUCGAAGAGGCCGCGACGGUUCUCUGGAAGGCGGCGCAUGACCUUAGCGUCACGCGUAGCAUUGGCGAUCGCACGGCGUGGGUCGCGCGCGCCCUCAGCAGCAUCCAGCACACGACCAACGCACAGCACGCCAAGGACAUUCAGGACACCCUCGAUGUCUUUCAAACGCAGACGCGGCUGGCGACGGCAUUCCGCCAGCACAACCUCGGGUCGGAGGCUGUGCGACACGCGCUCGAGUUUGAGAUUCUCGACAUGUCGACCUUGUACCACGAGUAUGCGAUGCCGUACGAGCGCUACGAAGACUGCCUCCGCAUCAUGCACGCGUGCCGCUUCUACGAACCUGAAACGAUCGUGAUGCUGUGGAAGAAGGCCUUGUACUCGCUUUUGCCGCAGGUGGCCGACCGCAACGCCGCGGCGCCCAUUGCAACGUGGCUGGACGAGGCGUAUGCCGCCGCGGGCCUCGGUGCGAUCGUGUCCAUGUCGAGUGCGUUUGAAGCUUGCGAGUGGACGCGGAGCGUGAGUCACCUCGUUGUCUCGCUGGGUCGCGCGCUGCACCCGUCGCCGGUCUUUCCCGUCGAGUGGCUCAUCACCGAAGUCGAGACGAUUGCAUCGCACGCGCGGUCGCUCGGGCACCACACGUCGUCUCCAUUUACGCCCGUGCAUUUGUUUGUGGACCUCGGCAUGCCGGCCUCGGAAGUGCUGGCGUGGUACUUGCACCUCUUUGGCAGCAGCACCGGCGCCGCACUGAAGAUCCAACUGCUCUGGAGCCUUCUGGCGCUGCGCCCUAGUGUACCGACGCUGCCGUCGACGUACGAGGACAUGAUGGCGCAUGCCCGCAACUGGCUCGCCACGCACGCACCCGGUACGAUCCCAUCCGUCCUGUGA